AGUGUUUAAAGAUCAUCAAGUAUCAUUCACUCUUACUGAGGCGGUCUCAGAAUUUAUUCCAAAAGAACUACAACUUAGCUCUAACGAUAAUUUAGCAAUUGACCUUCGAAACCUACACAAGAAAUAUGCAAAGCUGAUUACUGACAUAAUUACAUAUUAUGCAUCCAGUGGAAAACAUGAUGCAAUUGUUAUUGCUCGAUGGGUUCAAGCCACUUUUGAUGAAACUGGUUUAGCAUGUGAGAAUGUAACUGUUGAUGAAAUAUUUGAGCGAAUGCAGCCUCAUCACAGUUUUAUUGACAUUGAUGCAAUAAAUGAUCUCAUAGAAGAUUAUCCGAUUGAUGAUACUGCUUUACAGGUUAGGUUUGAUAAAUAUAGUGAUGACGUUAAUAAAUUCAUUGAUUCUGUAAAACUUGAUGACAUGGUUACAACUAUUGGAGCAGCAAUCAUUGGAGAAAGUACCAAAGUUGAUCCUAAAAUUAUUCUAAAACUGUCCAGAAAAUGGAAUAGAAAAACCAUAGGCCACCUUCUCAAGCUAAUAAAAUAUUUAUUUGAUGAAGAAGCAAAAUGUGUUACCAUAAAGAAGUUCUUACAAGGAUCAAUUUGUAUUGAAUUUUUGGUUUCUUCCAACAGAUCAGUCAAAUCUCUUAUUGUGAAAUCACAAGCUAAAUUACACUUUUUACAUCUUCUUGGUAUAUUUCAACUAAUCAUUGACAAUCAAACUAUCAUUGACAGAGACGAAGAUGCUAGUUUUAUAUUUGAAGAAUCACUUCUAGAGUCCAUUGUGAGCAUCGAAAGUAAUCUAGAAUAUCACAAAUUAUCGUUACUUCUAAUAGAACUUGAAAUAGAACUAAAUUACCAGAACACUAAUGGUAAGAAUGCACUGAUGCUAACUAGUGAAGGUGGACACAUUGAAGUAUUUGAAUCAUUGCUACUAAAUGGUGCUGAUCCUUUUGUACAACUACCAGCAAAUAAAGGAUGCAUUGGAUUAAACAGUUUAGCAUGCACUGCUCUUUCUGAGCAUAUAUACAAAUCAAUCGGAGGAGAGAAAAUUAUGCCACAAGAUGGCAUCUCAGUUGAAGACAUGUUAGAUAUGGCUGUUAAAGAAAGAGGCGUAUGUAGUUCUUCGUAUGAUUCAUUCAUAUGUGUCAUUAAAAAUAAUUUAAAAGAAAGAUUUCAAUUGCUGGAAAACUGUUUACAUGCAUUGAGUAGUAACUUCAUUGAUACUGCUACCUAUAUUUUGACCAGUGAAUCUUUGGUUAGAGAUGCAAGACAAAACUUUCCCUUUUAUAUCAAAGAAGAUGCUACUUAUAAAAAUGUUAAUCAACUCUUGCAGUUGCUCCAGCCUCAUUACUCAUAUUUGAACAUCAACCUACUCACAAUACUGUGUACUAUCACAGAACCUAUCAAGGAACAGGUAGAAGAUUACAAUGCUAACCUGAAGAUAUUCAAAGACACCACUAGCCUACUGGAGCUUGCAAUGAUUACCAAAGGUAUGCAAGUGCAAUAUCCUGAUGGUGUUCUCUGCUGUUCAAAAUUAAUUCUAAGACUUAACAAACCUUGGUGCUCAAGGACAAUAACUGAAUUGAAUAAAGCAGAAAUUUUUUACUUCCAAGAUAUUGCAUUUUAUUUAACACUUCAAGAUAUACAUUGUGGUACCUCCAGCCUUAUAUGCACGUAUUUAUUACCUCAAUCAUAUACAGAUACAUUAGUAAAAGCGCCUUUGGAACAAAGGUUAUUGUUAUGUAAGAUUGGUGUAUUUGAGGUAAUUGUGAAUGAUAUUGUUGUCAUGAAGGAAGAGGAAGAUAAAUCUUUUACAUUUGAGGCUGCACUACAGGAAGCUUAUCAAAAUAACAAUACCAAAGUUUUGUUUUUCUUAUCUGAACUAAACAUCAGUUUGCCUCUGCAAAAUGAUAACACUAAACUUAUGAUUGCUUGCAUGAGAGGAGACUUUGUGACAGUUCAACUCUUACUUGGUAAGAAUCCAAAUGUUAAUGCUCAAAAAGAUGAUGGACAGACUCCUUUAAUGUGUGCUAGUUCCAAUGGACAUCUUCAGAUCGUUGAAGUCUUACUUAGUAAACACCCAGAUAUUAACAUUCAAAAUAAUGAUGGAUUGACUGCUUUAAUUUUUGCUAGUCAUUAUGGAUAUCAUGAAGUUGUUAAACUCUUACUGAGUAAAGAUCCAGAUAUUAACAUUCAGAAUAAGAAUGGAUGGACUGCUUUAAUGGUUGCUAGUCGUUACGGACAUCAUCAGGUUGUUGAGCUUUUAUUGAGUAAAAAUCCAGAUAUUAACAUUCAUAAAAAUCGUGGAUGUACUGCUUUGAUGUUUGCUAGUGGUAAUGGACAUCACCAUGUUGUUGAACUUUUACUGAGUAAAAAUCCAGAUAUUAAUAUUCAAUCUGCAGGACAUACUGCUUUGAUGUUUGCUAGUCGUAAUGGGCAUCACCAGGUCGUUGAACUCUUACUGAGUAAGGAUCCAGAUAUUAACAUUGAAAGUCAUGAUGGAUGGACUGCUUUGAUGUAUGCUAGUCGCUAUGGACAUUACCAAGUUGUUAGACUCUUACUGAGUAAGGAUCCAGAUAUUAACAUUCAAGAUAAUGAUGGGUCCACUGCUUUAUUUUAUGCUAGCACCAAUGGACAUCACAAGGUCAUUGAACUCUUACUGAGUAAAGAUCCAGAUAUUAACCUUCAAAAUAACGAUGGAUCCACUGCUUUAAUUGAUGCUAGUGCCGAUGGACAUCACAAGGUCAUUCAACUUUUACUGAGUAAAGAUCCAGAUAUUAAUCUUCAAAAUAAUGAUGGAUCCACUGCUUUAAUGAUGGCUAGUGCCAAUGGACAGCAUGAGGUUGUUCAACUCUUACUGAGUAAAGAUCCAGAUAUUAAUAUUCUGGAUAACGAUGGAUGGACUGCUUUGAUGUCAGCUAGUUACCAUGGUCAUCAACAAGUUGUUGAACUAUUACUUAGUAAAGAUCCUGAUAUUAACGUUCAAAACAAUGAUGGAUUCACUGUUUUAAUGAUAGCUAGUGCCAAUGGACAGCAUAGGGUUGUUGAGCUUUUACUGAGUAAAGAUCCAGAUAUUAACACUCAAAGUUACGAUGGAUGGACUGCUUUGAUGAAUGCUAGUCGUUAUGGACAUCACCAGAUUAUUGAACUCUUAUUAAGUAAAAAUCCAGACAUUUUCAUUCGAAAUAAUGAUGGAUUCACUGCUUUGAUGUUGUCUUGUAUUUGUGGUCAUCACCAAAUUGUUGAACUAUUACUCAGUAAAGAUUCUGAUAUUAAUGCUCAAUUUAAUGGAUAUACUGCUUUGAUUCUUGCUAGUGGCAAUGGACACUGCCAGGUAGUUGAACUCUUAAUGAGUAAAAGUCCAGAUAUGAAUGUUCAAGAUAAUGAUGGAUUUACUGCUUUGAUGACUGCUAGUUACUUUGGACAUUAUCAGGUUGUUGAACUUUUACUGAGUAAAGAUCCAAAUAUCAACAUUCAAAGUAAUGACGGAGAGACUGCUUUGUUGUCUGCUAGUAGCAAUGGACAUUACCAGGUUGUUGAACUUUUACUGCAUAAAAAUCCAGAUAUUAAUAUUCAAAAUAAAAAUGGAUUAACUGCUCUGAUGGCUGCUAGUGCCUACGGGCAUCAUCAGAUUGUUGAACUCUUGUUGAGUAAAAACUCAGAUGUUGACAUUCAGGAUAAUAAUGGCUUAAGUGCAUUAACUUAUGCCCUAGUUUGCUCUAGUACAUCUAUUCUAUCUAUUCUUAAAUUUGAAAUGCCUGAUUAUGACCAGUCUAUCCAAAUUCACAACAGUAUGCAAUCAGGUAAUUAUGCUAAGAUAAUAAAGCUUUUACUUGAUUCUCACGCUAAUCAUAAUCACUUUAAUUCUAUUUUGGAGCCGCUUCAUUCAUUAGACAUUGCAGCACUCUUCAAUAAUUUUGCUGCAAUGACAGUUUUAAUAGAAAAAUGUGACAUCACAUCAGAAAACAUCAUUAAUGCUUUUACUUGGGCAUGUUAUGGAGGUCAUUCAUCAAUGAUAAUUUACAUGUCUGAAAAUAUUAGUCUAUCAUGUAAUGAGAGAAAAUUAUUGGUAGCAGCUGCUGAAGGAGAUUUAGACACAUUAAGUAGCAUGGUUAAUGAAGUUGGUACGAGUCCCAAUACUCCACUGGUAGCUGGUAUGACCCCAUUAAUGAUAGCAGCUUCAUGUGGACACAUUGAACUAGUUAAAACGCUGAUACAAACUGGAGCUGAUGUUAACAAAACAAAUGAAAGAGGAGAGAAUGCACUAGAUAUAGUGAGUGGAAUUGAGUGUUAUGAUCGGUCUGAUGUUAAACAGCUACUAAUUGCUAAAACCCCAGCUGGUAAACCAGACUCGUCCAAGAAGAAGAACAUACAACCAAGUAUCAAGUCACUUUCAGCCAUUUUCAUAUCGUUUAUAAAGAAUGCUUACAAUCGAUACAAUGCAAAGCAACAAGAAAUGAAAACAUUGUCUGAAGUAACUGGACAAGGUACAACAAAAUUAAGCAAUGACAAAUAAUAAGGCUGGCUUGGCCACACUUUUUGUGUCUUAAUUUAUAGUUGCUUUAUAUAUUAUAGUUUUUGUGCUGUAGUUUUAAAGUUAGCUGAUUUAAUUUUUGUGGCAUAAUAAUUGGUUUUCACAUUUUUGCUAAUUCAUUUAGCAAUUUUGACACAGAUCUAGAGUUACCAUGUAUGUAAUUAUAAUAUCAAUCAUUGCUGUUAACAUGAGUAAUGAAUCAUGUUGUUGAUUGCAAUUCUUAACAGUUUAAUAAAAGAUACCAAAAAUUAUUAUUAUUAUAAUUUCUUGUUUUGUGUCAUGAUAGACUAAUA